AUGGCAGAAGAGAUAGCAUCCGCUCCAGUGGCGGAUGCACAAGAUGCACCCGCGAAGACUUCGAUCCAGAGAGUCAUGACAGACCAUAGUAACAAAUCCCAGCGACUGCUACGCGUUGAUCAGAUAUAUAGCCGGAAAGACCGGCAAAUUCAUUUCGUCAAAACCGCCAAGUCUUCCGCUAAGCCAGACCGCUUCAGUAAAACUGCAAUGGUUGCCACGCCUAACCUUUUCUUCUGGGCCAAAGAAGAUCUGUUUCAAAUAAAGGAAAAAGAAAAGUUGAAGCAAAAACCAAAUCAACAGCUCAUCGAUGACAUUGGAACCGCCCUGCGCUUCGUUGAAGAGGAUUGGUCGAGUCAAAUUGCCAGUUUAGAGUCACUCCUCGGGGAGAAUCAAAUCACUUAUGAUCUUCUCUGGGCAAUCUUCCCACCAAAGCAAAUUGUUAUAGCGCCAAAAUAUGGGGUAAUGAAGUUGGAGCAGGUUCUCAGCCUCGAUAAAUGCGGCUACAGGGAACGACCCAAUCGCACAGAGUACUUCUUCGCAGAAGGUCAAAUUGUUACGUUUGACGGCCAAGACUUUGGCACGGUGACCGUCACAUUGGAAAUUGAUAGAUACGAUGGCGCUUCGAAUAUCAACAGUCUGAAGUUCUAUCCCAUCUCGUACAGUCCAGAUGAGUCUGCCACCCGAGACAGACUCAUUGCCAGAGGGCGAAAGUACCUCUCUUUACUAGAGAAACCCACAUGCAUGGACUAUCCUGUCACGUAUGCGGUCAAGGAAACUGUUAAAAUGGAUGGCGCAUUUAAACAAGAAAUGCACAAUGUCCGAGGAAGAGUUAUGGUUGACCCUGAAGGGUACUACCUGCACAACACUUCGUCUGAGUUGAAUCGGCCUUGGGUGUAUGAUUCAAAUUUCCUGAGCCGCGACAACUUGUCUGACGAUAAGCUGUUGAUCUGUGCGUCAUGGAUAAAUGGUUUCAGCUUUGAGCACAAGAUGUGGUGUCAGCUAGACAUAACGCCGCUCACUAAUAUUGUGUGGAAUCGAGAUGCGUUUGGCGAGCUCGUAAUGGAGAAAAAACGUCGGGAACUUAUUCACGACCUUGUUAAAUCCCAUGGUCAUAAUGAGGCAGGAUUCGAUGAUAUCGUGGAAAAUAAGGGCAAAGGUCUUAUUGCACUGUUGACAGGGAACCCUGGUGUCGGAAAAACACUUACAGCAGAGGCUGUUGCCGAGGUCACCGAACGUCCGCUCUAUGUGGUUGCAACCGGUGAACUAGGUGUUGAUUCUGAUGCCGUAGAUCGACGUCUAGGGAUGAUUUUGGACAUAACACGGCGGUGGGGAUGUGUUCUUCUCAUUGAUGAAGCAGAUGUUUUUCUGUCGACUCGUGGAAAAGACCUGAAUCGCGAUGCUCUGGUCAGCAUCUUUCUUCGUCGACUCGAAUAUUUCCGUGGAGUGGCCAUCCUCACCACGAACAGAAAAAGUGAUAUCGACGAAGCGUUCAAAAGUCGCAUCCAUUUCACAAUUCACUACCCGGAUCUAGAUACCAACAGUCGACAGGAGGUGUGGAAGACCUUCCUGACUACUAUUAUCAAAACACCCCAGCAGUCUGGACUCAAUGAAAAUGACUUUGCCGCACUAGCAAGGCAUCCUCUCAAUGGCCGACAGAUCAAAAAUAUUGUCUCAUGUGCUGUAUCUCUUGCUCGUGAGAAACAGAAACCAAUAUCUGUGAAGGAUAUUGAGGAUUUGAUGGAGAUUCUGCUGGACUAA